AUGACAUUUCUUGUGAGUCUGAAGCCGGCGUUCUUCAAUACGUGGGGGGUAGGCCCUACUACAGCACAAUGCCAGUCGAGAAGGGCUACUCUGGUCAACAAGCUGCUCCAGCUCUACAAAAACCAGGCUGUGUCGCUGUGUUUGCAUAAUCCAAUCACCAGAGACAGCAUCAAGGGAUACUAUCACGAUCUCGGAAAGCAGUAUGAAGAGAGCCACAAGCGGCUGGAGAGCGCGUCCCAGAUGGUGGAGUUCAGGUUUGUGAGCUAUCUGAAGGACGAGCUCUAUGCGCGCUCGGAAGAGCUGGCCCAGAUAGCAACCAAGCCCACUAAAUCCGACCUUGCGUGGCUGGCAACACACUAUACGCCGGAGACGCACUCUUUUUUGGAAAAAUAUCACUCCGACCGGAUCCAAACCACCUUUGAGAUUAGCAAUUAUCUGCAUAACGACUCCCUGGUGCAGACAUACGGUGCGCGCCAAAUUGUUAGAAACGCUAUCAAAUACACCCAGGACGUCCUACUCCUAAAUGACUACCCUGUUCCGCAGAUUCUGCUGGAGUCUGGCUCCGACGACGCCAAGAUCCGGUGUGUUGCUCCGCAAAUCCAACACGUGCUCUUCGAACUGCUUAAAAACUCCACCAUUCCCGCGCUCCGAACAAACACUCCGAUCAGACUCAACAUCCUGAACGAUCCAGAGACCACCACGAUAAAGAUCACAGACUCUGGCGGCGGCAUGCCGCCCGAUAUCGCCCACAAAAUAUGGCAGUUCCAUUUCACCACGGCCACCGAACAGAAUAAAGACGAGGUGAACGGGUUCGGCAUGGGCAUCCCGCUGUGCUCGCUGCUCACGAAGUUCAACAAUGGCAGUCUAGAGAUCGAAAAUCGACUCGGCACAGGGAUCGAUGUGUUGCUCAAACUUCCUACAAAAUGA